AUGCAAGGUCUCACGGUUGCCCUCCUUGCCUGGGCUCUGCUUCACCCUCAUGGUGGUGGUGGUGGUGAUGCCUGGCCCACACACACAGCCUGCAAGAAUGGAGACUUGGAAGUGCUCUACCAGAGCUGCGAUUCAUUACAAGACUUUGGCUUUUCUAUUGACCAGUGUUCCAAACUAUUAAAACCAAAUAUCAACAUUAGAUUUGGAAUCAUUCUGAGAGAGGACAUCAAUGAGCUAUUUCUUGAUGUAACUCUUCUCACAAAAGGGUCAUCCAUUUUGAAUUUCUCCUAUCCUGUCUGUGAACUGGAUCAACCAAAGUUUUCUUUCUGUGGAAGAAGAAAAGGGGAACAGUUUUACUAUGCUGGCCCUGUCAAUAGUCCUGAAUUUGAAAUCCCCAAGGGAGAAUAUGAGGUCUUGCUGGAACUGUAUAAUGAAAACCACUCCACUGUGGCCUGUGCCAAUGCCACUGUCAUUUGCUCCUAA